AUGCCAUCAAGACUACCAGUUCGUGAGGACAUUAUCGAUCAUAGUUUGGACUCACCCCUCACCCAAGUUGGUGUUUUUAUGGCCGGCGUUUGUGGCCGCUCACUAGCCGAAUCCGGUGUCCGUUUCGCAUCCUGCUACGUCUCGCCGGCAUUGCGAUGUGUCCAAACCGCCCAUCAUUUGUUGAAAGCCGCUGGCCAGGUCAGCGCUGUUUCAAUAUACUUCACGUUAUUGUUUAAUUGUACUUUCUCAGACGUGAUUGAUGGAUAG